CAGUCAGACCCUCUUCUACCAAACGCCACCCUUUUUUCUGAUUAGGGUUUCUCUCGAUUGAAUCAAGGCCCACAAAAACACUAUCGAAUCCAAUCGAAUCAACAACCCAACCGUUACGGAAUCAUUACGCAAUAUUUUCAAAUAUUCAUUAAAUUCAUCGCUACAUUCAUUUCAAAUCCUCAUUUUUGUCGAUUUCCUUCUUGUUUUUCUCGCCCUUUCAGGUGGCGAUUCUUCUUUUUAUCAAAUUCGGUUUCAAUUUCUUCCCUUCUCUUGUUGAUCAAAUAUCUAUCGGCCUUAUUUUAAAAAAAAUUAAAACUAAGAAUGUGAAAGUCAGUUUUGGGUUUUCUUUGAAUUUUGAACUAACCUUUACUUAGGUUUUGAUGAAUCAAUGGAAGGGAUCAAAUUUAUUGAUAAGAGUAUCUGUGGUUGUACUGGGAGAAGGGAUUAAAUAUAUCACUAUUCUUUUUUGGUUGACUCUUGGUGCAAAGAUGAAACCAGAUAUUUUGGAGAUGAAGCCGCAAGAACUUCGGUUCAUAUUUGAACUGAAGAAACAAAGCUCAUGUUCUGUUCAAAUGAUCAAUAAAACCAAUCACCAUGUUGCUUUCAAGGUUAAAACUACCAAUCCGAAGAAAUACUGUGUCAGACCGAAUACUGGAGUUAUCGAUCCGAAUUCAGUAUGUGAUUUUACAGUUACUAUGCAAGCACAAAAGGUAGCUCCUCCCGAUAUGAUAUGCAGGGACAAGUUCUUAGUUCAAAGUACCUUUGUCCAGGAGGGGACAAAAGAGGAGGACGUAACAUCUCACACGUUCACUAAAGAGGAUGGUAAAACUGUUGAUGAAAAAAGGCUUAAAGUGGUCCUCAUCCCCGCACCAGACUCGCCAGAAUCAUCUCCAAUCAAUGAAACAUUGAAGCUGGUACAAAAGAAUGAUGGCAGAGAACUGAAAGAUGAUGUAGUUCAAAAACAUAGCUCUCAUGCCAAGGUUGAUGAGGGCAUGGAAGUGUCCAAAGGAGAAGGUGAAAGUGUAGAGGCAACACGGAAGGAAGAAACUAUAAAAAGGAAAGAUGAAGAUGUAAAAAGGAAGGAAGAAACUAUGAAAAGGAAAGAUGAAGAUGUAAAAAGGAACGAAGAAUCUGCAAAACGGAGCAAAGAAUUUAUAAAAAGAAACAACGAGCCAAUGCAGAUGAAUGAUACAGAGGAGUUGAGAUUAGUCAAAGAUCUUGAAGAGACAAAGUCAAAAGUGAAAGAACUUGAGUCAAAGCUUAGCGAGGCUAAAGCGACUAUUUUACAUCUAUCAGAAGAAAAAAGAUCAGCUACUCAAGAGAAGCACUUUUUACAGGGAGAAUUGGAUUUGCUAAGAAAUAAGAGACACAGGGCGCAGGUGGGAUUUCCGUUGCUGUUUGUUUUUAUGGUGGGGCUUGUGAGCCUCUAUCUCGGAUACUUGUUGCACUGCUGACCAACAAAAGCCGUCUUAUGUUUAUAAAAGCUAAGUUGUGCCUGGUUUUAAGUGUCUAUAUGUGCAAGUUCUUAAUAAAGUAGUACCCACCUACCAUAUGCUCUUCUUCUGCUUUGUGUCCAUAUAGUUUGUUAACCAGCAACAAUGGAGCGACCACAACGUUACUCCUUCGUGCACGGGGAUGAAUAGUCUUGGUGCCAAACGGUCGAUCGUUCUUUCGCUGCGUUAGGAAUAUUGCUAUCCGAAUUGUAUGAUAAUUGUAGGAAGAAAUGAUGGUAUAGAAAUUAGAGAUGGUAUCAGAUGGUGUUUCUGCUUUUGGAUUAGUCCCAAGUCGUGGAGAGACGAGUUGUUUUAAUCGUUUACCGUUUGGCUGGUUUUUUUUCUCAUUUUGUGGUUCCUAUUUAUAUCACUUCUUUGUGAACCGAUUUCCCGCAUCUGAUUCCGUUCUUAGUCACUGAUCGACUCGACUGAAAAUGGUCAUUCAUAAGCUAUGUUUUUCCAUGUUUUUUUUUUUGUUGUAAAACGCUGAACAUCAACGAUUAUAGGUGGGCAAACCUAUUAAUUGCUCGUCCCGACCUCCAACAUGAUUGGACCGGUCCUUAUGUAAUUGGUCCAUCCGUUUGCCGGUAGAUCAAAAGUUUGUAAAGUUGCUUGAUGUCUUUUUAACUAAAUUAGUUUUUGGUA